CCCUCCUUCCGAAGUUUCUGGGAUGGAUGGGGAGUAGAGUUAGGGCCUUUUUUGUGUUUUGCGUGGGAUUUUUGUAAUCUUUACCUGUUGUCCUCUUUUUCAUUAAAAAAAAAAAUCAAAUUACCAAACCCGAAACUGGAAUCGGUGAAUCCUAUGGGUAAUCUUGAUUCCGACGUUCCUAUGGUGCCCGCCAGCGACGCUGCCGGUUCUUCUUCCAAAAAGCCUAAGCGAUUCGAGAUUAAGAAGUGGAACGCCGUCGCUCUCUGGGCUUGGGAUAUUGUUGUUGAUAAUUGUGCUAUCUGCCGGAACCACAUCAUGGAUCUCUGCAUUGAAUGCCAGGCCAACCAGGCUAGUGCCACCAGUGAGGAAUGUACCGUAGCCUGGGGGGUAUGCAAUCAUGCUUUCCGCUUCCAUUGCAUCAGCCGAUGGCUCAAGACCCGUCAAGUUUGUCCUUUAGAUAACAGCGAAUGGGAGUUUCAGAAGUACGGUCACUAGAGCUUUUAUCAGGCUUCUUGAACCCUUGGAUCAGCUGCCUUACUUUUACUAUAGUUGUCUGGGAAAGAUUUUCGUUUUGCAGCUCUAAAUUUUUCACUCUUUUACUACUGUAAGGGAAGCUUUUGUCUACGUAUUUGACAAUUUACAAAUCUAUGU